GUAGCAGAAGGGUUUUGGGGUGAUGUAAGUGUGAGUGUCCACCCUUCAGAUGAUGUGGGACUUGCUCGACCAUCCUGAGACAGCUCAGUUGUUGCUUUUGUUUGAUAGUUGAUUGUUGAGAUUGACAGGAAACACGGGAAGAAACUAAAGGGGAUGACAUGCCAGAAUGGACUCCCAGAGACGCUGCAGUUUUUUGGUGCGUGUCUUACACCAGUAGACUAUGAGGAGGCCUCAAAACUUGUUGAGCGUCUGAGUCUCAUGGAUGGAUAUCAAAGCUAAUCUACAAUGCCAGAGAGUUUGUCAAACACAUUGCAACAGCAGAGGGAGUUUCUAAUUGUAAAGCAUAAAUUCACCUGGUCUGGUCUCCACUAAACACAGACCAUUAGUCACCUUCUUUAUACACAGAUGGAUGUGAUGCUGCUGUCCCUGAUAUGUCUUUCUACAGAUACUGGGGUACAAUAGAGGUAACUGUGCCAACUCACUCCACUGGGCCUACAGAAAUACUCAAGCUAGAGUUGCGAAGUGACAGAUAUAAUGUCGUGGCGCAGCAUAAUCAGAACCAAAUUCCUGCAAGGAUACAGAGAGAGAGAGCAACAUACACACACAUUAGGGCUGAGAACCCCAUACCCACCACAUCCAUCCAUCAUUACUGCAUGCCUAACCUGAGCUCUUAAUCUCACCAUAACCUAAUCCCACAUGUGAAAUGGGCUUCUACCACUUGGAUGAGAUUCCCUUUGGCCGACUGCUGAUUUCUGCUUCCUUCUGCUUUCGCUUUCUGUUUUUCAGAGUCCUUGUUUCUAUGGGUAACAACAACCACGAGUUGCUAAAAAGCUUCAUGCUUGACUAAAAAUUUUGCCAAAAAUUUUGGAUUGUGCAUGGUGCACAAUCCAAAAUUUUUGGCCCAAUUUUUGGCCAUGAGAGAAACAUUCAAGAACAUUUCCCCCUGACAUGAUAUAUUUUGUAGGAAUUCUAGUGAGCUUAACACUGUUAAGCCCUAUGCUCUAAAGACCAUGUUUGUUUGUUUCCACCCAUAUCCUACCUGACCUUUCACUUCUGCUGGCACAGCCCAGACAUGGUGAGAAGAUCUGGCAAUGUGAGAAUCUUACCCUUAUGUUAACCCGACCAUAACCCAAUCACGGUCUCGCCAUGACUCUAAACCAAAGUCCAAAUCUAAUAAAGACCCUUGAAAAGAAGAGAGGAUGGGCCAAAAUGUUAUCACGUGGUAAAAACUAUUCUUACCUCUACUGAAAAACGCUCUCUCUCUUUCACUUUUUCUGUCUCUCUCUUUGAGACAUGCCAAAGGAAACUCCAGAUGCCCUCCCCCACGUAGAGGGGGCCAAGUGUGGACUCGCUGUCCUGCGCCAGAUGAUAGCUCGCCAACUGUUGGCUGUAAAGACACAAUGUACUUCUCAUCCACUGCUCAGCGGAGUGGGUGGCUCAACAGGCCGCCACAGCAAAUCACUGCUUAAGUCUACAAAGCCUUCUUUCAACAAUUUUAGGGAUGGAUUGCUCUUAAAAGUGGACACUCGUGAUAUUUGAUGUUUGCAUGUGUAUAAAACGGCACAUCCUCAACUUCUCCUAUGCUACAAAGCUCCGACAAAGCGUUAGAGGUGAAUUGCGAGCGUGAACAGGCCUGAAAGUAUAAAAGCAGAGCUCAUAGGUCAAUUUCCCCAUUUUAAAAUAAUCACCCAGGGAGAAGAGUGUGAUGAGGAAGUUCUGGUCUGCUGUAAUAAUACAACACGCCCACUUCUCCCUGUCACAAGACUAGAUUUAUUCAUGACUAUGGGGGCUUUUUGUGUGUGAGGCAUGCUUGCAUACAUGAGUAGUGAUCCAUUCAUGCAAGCAAUGCAAGUAUUGAGCACAUCAUAUUUUGUAUGUGAGGAUCUAGUACAUAUUAUUUAUCUCCAAAUGGUGUGACAGUAUACAGGCUUUUGUCCAGCUUUGUAGGCAGGAAUACUGUUUUCUGCUCAGACACAGAGACUGAAGCCAGACUUCUUGUAUUCUGCCAGAAGCCCUCUGUAAAAAAACAGGAUGUAGCAGUUGCUCAGAACAGGAACAGGUGGCUGUCAACGUGACUGCAGCCAGUGAAUCACGGUUAACAGUUGCCCCCAUAGUUUGCACCACUCCCUAAUCUGCAAACACAUAGCGCACCAGAGUUUUAUCUGGGCUCAAGCGCCUGGAUGAAACUCCCCACCUUCUUCAUCUCCAAACUUCCCCCUGAACCCGUCUCAUCACAUGAGCGUUACCUCACUCUUCCUCACGCGGCGGUUCAGCAGUUUGUGGGCUACAAUGGCCGUAAUCGGUGUUAAAUUCGGGCUCCUCGCGGAAGGAAAUAUGACGCGCGAGGACAGAGCGGAGUCGUCCACGCUGCCAAUGCGGUCAACGCGCGCUGCGGGCUGUUUGGAAGUCACACUCGGCACUGACGAGCAGGAGCUGUUGUCAGGACGUGUUGACAUGCAUUCCCCCUGAGUUCGGCGACGCCUCCCUCAGUGGAUUGGUGGCAGGAUGCCAGUGCAGGCAGCCCAGUGGACAGAGUUCCUGUCCUGUCCCAUCUGCUACAAUGAGUUUGACAGCAGCGGCCACCAGCCCAUCAGCCUGGGCUGCUCCCACACGGUGUGUAAGACCUGCCUACACAAACUGCACCGCAAGGCCUGCCCCUUUGAUCAGACACCAAUCAGCACCGAUAUCGACCUGCUGCCAGUAAACUGUGCCCUGCUGCAGCUGGUUGGAGCUCAGGUCCCAGAUGUGCAGCCGGUGAGCCUGAGCAGCGUGGCAGAGGUUGAGCACUAUGAGGUCUGCAAGGUGUGCGUGGAGGAGCUCGCUCUCUACCUAAAACCUAUCAGCGGAGCAAAAGGUGUGGCGACGCUGAGUCCAAGCGUGCUGAGUCGGCCCAUGCAGAGGAAGCUGGUGACAUUGGUGAACUGCCAGCUGGUAGAGGAGGAGGGCCGUGUACGGGCAGUGCGGGCAGGCCGGUCGCUGGGUGAACGGACGGUUACCGAGCUCAUCCUGCAGCACCAGAAUCCCCAGCAACUCUCUGCCAACCUCUGGGCAGCGGUGAGGGCUCGGGGCUGCCAGUUCCUGGGUCCUGCUAUGCAGGAGGAUGCACUGAAGCUAGUUUUGCUGGCUCUGGAGGAUGGCUCAGCUCUAUCCAGGAAGGUGCUGGUUUUGUUUGUAGUCCAGAAACUGGAGGCUCGCUUCCCCCAAGCCUCCAAAACCAGCAUAGGCCAUGUGGUGCAGCUGCUCUACCGGGCCUCUUGCUUCAAGGUGACUAAGCGAGAUGAGGACUCCUCACUGAUGCAGCUGAAGGAAGAGUUUCGUACGUACGAGGCUCUCAGGAGAGAACAUGAUGCUCAGAUCGUCCACAUCGCCAUGGAGGCCGGACUACGAAUUUCACCUGAGCAGUGGUCCUCUCUGCUGUACGGAGACCUGGUCCACAAGUCACAUAUGCAGUCGAUCAUUGACAAGUUGCAGUCUCCAGAGUCGUUUGCAAAGAGCGUUCAGGAGCUGACAAUCGUUCUGCAGAGGACAGGAGACCCUGCCAACCUCACAAGCCUUAGACCUCACCUAGAGCUACUAGCCAACAUAGACCACAAUCCAGAUGACCCGGCACCAUCAUGGGAGGAGCUGGAAAGUGUGAUGCUGGCUGUGAAGUUGGUGGUUCACGGACUGGUGGAAUUCAUACAGAACUUCAGCAAGAAGAGCCACGACACUCCACAGCCUCAGGCCAACAGCAAGUAUAAGACCAGCAUGUGCCGAGACCUUCGUCAGCAGGGAGGCUGUCCCCGAGGAACCAACUGUACAUUCGCACACACACAGGAUGAGCUGGAGAAAUUUAGACUGAGGAACAAGAAGAGCAGCAGUGUUGGCCGUGCAUUCCCUUUAGCACCUGGGGUCAUGGGUAAAACCUUUACCAUGGAGGGCAGCAUCCACACAGAUGUGUCUGCAGGAGUGGGGCAGGGCCUCAAAGGUACCGGAGAUAAUACAGGGACGCUUACAGAGGGAAUUCCGGGCCUGACUCAUCCUCAGCUUAUCUCCAGAGGAGCUGACAUGAUGGAGGAAAUGAAGAGAGCAGUGCCAAAUGGAUCCGGGGCUAACGGGUCCAACGGGCUAAGUGGCUCCAACAGAACCACGUCGGGGUCAACCGAACAGAAGCCCAUCUCUCCUCCCAGGACUCCAGUCAGCCACUCCUCAGCGUCGUCUCCUUUGACCACAGUUGGACGGGGUGAUGUUGGCGGUCCUAUGCCCAAACAUGGUCAGUUCCUGUUGCGCGCACCACAUCCUUCUCAGGCGUCAGAACUGUACUAUCAGGAGCCCCAUUCUGCAUAUGACACGGACCACUAUCAACCAACCUCAGGUUCCUACUACCCAUCGACUCUCCAUCCCUCUCACAAACCCUGCAUGGCUCGGUUCCUCAGAUCCUCAAAUGUCCCGGAAUCCUCUCUGCCACCUUCCAUUGGCCCUCCACAAUCUUCCUACCCCAGUGACCCUCAGACGCCACACCCGCCUUCCUCCUCUUCCUCGGGAUACCCGCCUCACCCGCCUAGAGAUCGAAUGGGACCUCCUGCCUUCCACCCCCACCCGGGUCAGCCUCAGUAUGGUCCUCUGGCCCCUGCCCAUGGUGUUUAUGCUCCCCUCUAUGACAGCAGGAGAGUAUGGAGGCCUCAGCUGUACCACAGAGAGGAUGCCAGGAGUAACUCACUGCCUCCAGAGGUGCUGCAUUCCUCUGUCUACCAGCCUCCACUCAGGGAGAGAUUCAACUCUCUAGACAGCAACUACUGCUCUGGAGCUGAACACCGUGCAGGGCUACACAGGGACUACGGACGUGUUCCUCUGGGCUACGAGGAUCUGUUCAGAAGGAAGCAGGAACAGUGGGCACAUCAUCACCACCAUCACAGCGCCAAUAGGCCCUCCCAGUCCUCCCCCAUCUUCACCAUCGAUUUUGGAACUGAGCACGUGGAGAGCGGUGGAGGCCAGUGUGUGGGGUGCAGGUACAGAGGCGAGGAAAGUUUAGCACACUAUUCUCCAUGGUCUUGUGGUACCAUCGGCCCCUGCCUCAGCCCCUUUGAGCCGGAAACGCUCACACACACCGCACCUCACUCCUGCUCAGAGCACUCGGAGUUGAACAAUAACGGAGGUGGAGGUGGUGGCGUUAGCAGUGGUGGUGCGGGAAAGCGAUGGGUGCAUUCAUUGGAUCACUACCGGCGAUUGAAAGACGAGGAUCCGAUCAUUCCCUUUAGUGAGGGGCCCAUUAUCUCCAAGUGGGGCGCCAUAUCCAGGGCGUCUCGUACGGGCUACCACACCACCGACCCUGUCCAAGCCACAGCCUGCCAGGGCAGCGCCAGCACCACACCCAUCAACUUUAAAGACUUUGGAAUGACCUGCCUAAGGAGAUCAAAUUACAACCCACACUUGGAUCACAGCGACUACAGGUGGAGCUCCAGAGGAUCAGACUCUUCCAGCCACUCCAGUUUCCUAGAAAGUGAACAGCUUUGUGCAUCAGAGCUGCACGGCCGCCGAACUUCAUUAAGCAGUGGAGAGAAAAUCGUGUCUGAUCUGCAAACCCAUCAGACUGCCUACAACCACGAUCGGGAACGAGUAUGCAACCAGGUCGAGAGUGAACCAGACCCGGACCGAGACAUUGAGCUUGAACUGUGCGCUCUGGACUUGGAGGAUUCAGACCACCAGGAGAUCAAGUCUCAGGACUCUUUAGACUUGGCUACCCCACAGUCUCAGGAUGCUUCCCACCUCCUCCCACCACCCUGUUCCUCUCCACUCCUCUCAUCCCCUGUGGAGGAGCACCCCCAAGCAGAAGGUCCCUCGACAGAAAAGAUGGAUACUCACCUGCUCAAAAAGAUGGCCUUCAGGAAGUCUCUGUCUCCUGGAGGGUUGGUCUCAGGAGGACUGGGCGUCGGCAAGCUUGUGCUACGGACUGGACCUCCCCGACUUGGGGACUCUUCUACCCGGGUUUGUCCUGAAACGCCUGGGACAGAGAUGCUGCUCAAUGGGAGCUAAGGGGACACAGUCCAACUCUGAUCAGCACUAAGAUACAGCUGAGUUGCUUGCCCACAACAGAUCCUGGUUAAAGGGAAAACUAUUUAAUUCCAGCCUUCAUAUAUGUCAAUCAUAUGCCUGAAUAAAAUGUAACAGGGAGGGGUCAACAUUCUGUCACAAGGGGCAAGAUAAAACACAUUGUAUUGCCUCCUAAGUAGUGAUUUUCACCAAUGUGUACAGCUCCGCAGAGAAUUUAGUGAUAUUGGUGUUAAUGCCUAUAUAGCACCUGACCAGUUAGAUGCUUAACUGGAGUCAGGUUUGAAAUUCUACCCUGGUCACAUUUAGGAGAAAGGCUGGACACCUCACAGCAUCUUCACCACAUAAUUGGUCACUUUACAUGACAUUGUACUCAUGAGUUUUACACAUCAUGUAGUUUGUUGUUGUUUAACACGGCAGGCAAAGACAGACAUAUGUUUGAUUGGCCUUGUUACACGUCAUCCUACAUGAUCUGUCAGACAGCAAAAGCCUGUAGGUGUCAAUACAAUGCAUGAAUUUUCUUUAGUCAUGACGCUUUUUUAGUUUACUUUGAUACUGUCUUAAUCUUGUCCUUUACUUGAUCUUCAUUUUUUCCCAUAUGUAGUGUGGAUUAACAGCAGGAACUGAUCUUUUCUCACAGUAUUGAGAUUGGGAACCUGGGAAAGUAAAUACAAGUCAUUUGCAGCAGUAAAUCAUCAAGUCAUGUAUGUCUGCUCCACACAUACUGUACAGUGUUAUGAAUAUAACUUACUGUGUGUGAUUGCUCUGUAGCUUGUGCCUUGGAAAAAAAGUGUGUUCCCUCCAUGGCAGGCGCUGGUUAGGCUCCACAUAGUUAUCUAUACGGUUCAGAAAAUAAAACAGUGGCAUUAUUAAUCAACUCUUGAAACUUUUUGCUAGCUUGUGGAUAUCUGACAAAUAUCUUCCAUUUCUUGCUAUCUCUGUACAUGUUAAGGCAUUUUUUCUGUUUCUCUAAGUAGCCUUACAUGGCAAGGGCUUCAUCCAGCUAAAUGACACUUGUUUAGUUUAUAGGCUUUAUUGUAAUGCUGCAUUACACAUUUUUGUAAGUAUUUCCUCAUAAAUCAAGAUAGACGCUUCAAUACUGAGAGUAUCCAGCCCUCAGAGAAGAUAAAAACUGCAGAAAACAGAGGUCUUCCCUUUGCUGAUACUCAAACAAGCCUCUGUCUUUUACAAGUCAUAUGAUCUUGUAAAUGUCGACCUCCAAAUUCCCUGGACUGUCAUGUGACCGCAGAACACAAUGACACAGUCAUAAACUGGAUUUGUAAAUGAGCAUUGAUCACUGGAGGUCAUUAGGGAUGGCAACAAAGUACAGAUGUGUGUACCCCUUUUUUUAAAAUGUAAAUUAUGUAAUUCAUACUACACUGCCUUUAACAUAGUCUCUUAUUGGUUGACUUAUAAUGCAUAAAGCAAUUCAUUUUGAAACAGAAAUUGUUUUGUCAGUGGCAGAUGAAGCUCAUUUUGGUAGAUUUUUAUAGAAGCUACAUUAACUCACAAUUAAUCUUUGUCUAUCUGUAGCGUUUCUUGCAUUUAAUCCUGCUGACUAUAAAUCAGAAACAGUCUUACUGCUCUCUUUCUCUCUCACACACAUAGCACACUUGUGCACAAACUGUCAGCCAUGUAGUAGAUAUACACACACACAUGCAACACAAUGGCCUUCUCUCUCCUUGGUGUUGUGUAAAACUAAACAUUGGGCUUUACAAUGACUUUUAUCCAUGCUCACUGACAGACUCCUGGUGUUAGCUUACACCUAAACGUGAUCUCAGAAACUGAACACUUGAAAUCAAAUUUUUGUAAGCCCACGGCAUUUUCCUGUGCUUUCCAGUCCAGUCACAUUUACGUACAAUCUAAAAAAAAAAAUCAGAGAACAUGCAUGAUGUUUCAAGCUGAAGCCUACAAAAGUGAGGGACACCACUUCUUGUGUUUCUUCAUGCUCUAUCUUCUUUUAACUUUUUUUUUUUUUUUUUUUUUAAGUUUUGUUCUGUUUUAUUUUAUGCAUUGCUAACUUCUGUGAAGUUGUUUGUGUGGGUAUUUUGUAUCAGGAUCUUUGUUACUCUUGUUCUGUUUUGUUAUAUUUUACAUCACAGAGACAAAACUGAUCGUCUUGUCUAAUGUUUAUCUGUGUUUGCUGGUCAUCAGAUGCGCUGUUGUCAGUACGCUGUAAACCACCAAAGUCUAGUUCACUGUAAUUUUGUGCAGUAUGGGUGAUUCCCAUACAGCCUAGCCUUGCCUCACUCCCUUUUAUAGAUAUGAGGCAUCUUGUGUGUGGCUGAGGCUUAAUGACUUUAAUAAAUAGCAAGAAAACAUUAACCCAUUUUUAGAUAUAUAAAAUUUAAAGUCAUAAAGGCUCUUCUGAAUUUGUUUACUAUUCUAAAUCUUAUGAGAUUUGUGUAGAAUGAGAAGAGGAGGGCUAACUAAUCUUUGAAUCUUUCAAGCUCCCUCUUUAAUUUCCUCUCAUCUCAGCUACUGUACCUUUUCAAACAUUUUCCGAGAUGCAACAGCAAGGUCUUUCCGCUCAAAUUACAUCUUAAAUCCCAUUUUAGAGGAUUGCAGAAUGGCUGUUUGAGGAAGAAUUUCAAGUUAAAACUUUACUGACCUGAUCGAAUAAUGAAAUACAGGACUUGUGACCUUUUUGGGGGUUUCUCUCUUAUCUCAAACCCAACAUAUGCUGGGAUAAGCUGGCAGACAAAGUCAAGAAAUGACAAGUAAAUGUACGUUUGCCUGUGGGCUGAAGAAUACUUUGUGACCGGAUGUGAUAACACACUGUUUGAAAAAACUCUCUGAUAUUUUGCAGGGUUCAUUUCUGAGAGGAAAGGGCAAGAGCUGGCGCAGGGAUUUAGCUACUCCCCAGUCAGGAAUUUAGCUACCUACUGUCGCUCUGCAUCUGUUUACAACUUCACCUUUGAAGUCAUGUGAUGUUAAGUGCCAUGUUUGCGUACAGUACAGUACAAUCAAUCCCUGCAAUUUUCCUAUAACUUUUCAUAUUCCUUAACUAAAAACGACAUGAGGAGGGAAAGGCUCAGUCAAGUUGAGGAGUUGAGAUACUUUUCUUGUAGUUCUGCUUUGUUCCAUCAGAGGAGGCUAGAUCCUUGACUGUCUGAAUCGCUCAGGGAAGAAUUGAGUUGCACAGCUACUUUGGCAAUUUCUAUGUUCAUCACUUUAAAUAUUCUGUGGAAGUAUUUACCUGAAUUUCCCUUGCUGAUAACUGACUCUUUCACCUGAAUCAUACAUGGGUUAAAGUAUCACGCUGAUUAUAUUGUUUGUCAGUGUUAUCUUUUGCCUCUCAGUAUCAAUAUUAGCUUUGCUAUUCCUGUUUUCAUGGGAAAGGGCUGGGCACUACUGUAUGGAAAAACAGUAUUGUGAGUAUUGAACUAAUGUCAAAGUGAUACUCUGUGUUUCCUUUAAAGUGUCUAUAGAGCACUGCUGUAGUGGCUAAUUGCACUGCAUUAGUUCCCACCCCAUCACUGCCAGCGGAUGCAGUCUAACCGUGAGUGCCCCCCCACCCUGAACACACAUACACUUUCCUUCACCCCCCCCCUCUGCCCCCAUCCUCCCUGCAUUCUUUGUCAUGCAUGCAAUAUAGUCCCUCUUGUGAUGGCAGAGGAGUAUUAAUGAUUCUGUAGUUGUGAUACAACACACCCAGCGCUGUAAGAGUUCUGCACAUGCCCACUGUGUGGCCACGCCAAGUGCUGAAGUUUGCUUGCAGCAUUAUACAUGUUUGCUCAUGAAAAUGAAUUAUUGGUUAUAGAGAUUAUAUUAUUAUUACUAUUAUUGUUAUUACCACAUUUGGUUGUUGCUGUGGUAUUUUUCCUUCUUGGUAUAUUAUAAGUCUGCUUCUUUGUUUUGAAUUUGAGAAUUUGCUAAAACUUAAAAAUUUUUUAUUAGACAAGAAAGUGUCUCAUUAUUCUAUAUUAUAUGGGAAAAAGCCUGUUUGUUGAUAGUGAAACAUAUGAUGAACUGAUGUUUUUUGACUAUUCAUGUCUGUAUUAGACAUUUUAUUUGCGAAUCUAUUGUUCGAUUGAAAUGUAAAUGAAAUAUUAAGAGAUGGUACACAUCCGUCAUUGUAUACAGUCUGGCACCAUCAUUAGAUGGACUUAUAGUAAAGACGCUCAUUUAUACAACGUGUGAUAAUCAGAUAUAUUUAAAUGUUUGAAUCAUUGGGGCAGUUGUGUAAUGUUUCAGAAUGAGGAAAAUAAAAUCCUUAAGAGACAGCAUAUCUAAAAUGUCCCCAUAAUGAAUAAUACUGUUAUGUAUUCCAUUUAUUUCCUUGGAAAUAUCACAUUGUGAAAGGUUUCCCUUUUACUUAACUGUAUGGUAAUGCAGGACUGAAGCAGGUGAUUUAUGUGCUAUUAAUGAUCGAUGAAACUGUUUGAGUAUUGUUUGACUGACUGAUUGAUUCUUCUGUGCAUUUUCUGGCUUGUUCACCUGUAUUACACUGACGUACAGACAGCUUGGCCGAGCAGCAAACUGCUUCUAUGUUGCACUGAGAGAUGGAAUUAUGAAAAGAACGAUUUCAGCACAUGAGAUUGCAUGCUACAAUAAACCGACAACCAAUAAUGUCUAUUUGUGA